AUGAUUUAUGGGGCAAUCUCGCAGCGGCCAGCCCCUCCAGCCAGGGGAGAGGGAGGGCCCGGCCUGGACGCCUCCUCGCCCGCAGACACUGGGAAAGAGGUGGCGCGGGACGGUCACCUCCUGGAACUUCAAGCAGCGCCUCCCGCGGCCUCUCGGGGGAACUGCCCUUGGCCCGGCCAGGCGCUGUCCCGGGUGCUGAACGGAGGGGCGCGCGGGGAGCCCACCUUCGCUCCUGGGAUCCCGGGCCGGAGCCGUCGACCCACGCCGGGCUCCGCUGGGGCUCCGGGCCGAGGGCGAUUCAGCACUUCGGACAGCGCACGCUGGGAGGGCAGCGGGAGGUUGUGGGGCCCGCCAUGCGGUCAGCCGCCCGCCCGCAGCUCCACAGCCGAGGACGGCGGCGAAGGGCAGGCGCCCGCGCAGGAGCCCGCGUGCGCCGGCGCUGCUAGUCCGGCUGCGGGCGCCCGGCGGUGGAUCGCGCCCGGAGGCGGGCAAGGCAGGGCUGAGCGUCGCCCGCGCGCCAACGGUAAGCGGCUUCCCCCACCCCCGAACCCGGAGCCGCUUGGGAAGGGGCUGCCUCGCCCCCGGCCCCCUUCCCUGGUGGGCGCGCUUCAGCCCUGGCCCGGGCCGAGCCCCCCGGAAAGCCCUUUCCUCCCGGCUUCUUUGGGAAGGCCCCCGCCCGGGGUGUCUGUCCGUCCCCCGCCCGCCCGCCUCCGCAUCUUCCCCUUGCCGGGUUGCAGCGCGGGGCCCGCACGCCCCGGGCCAGAGGCGGCCAAGGGAGGGGAGUUUUUGGGACCGGGAGAGCCGCGGCGUUUCGGGUUCAAGACCCCUGGCCCCGUGUCGCGGCAGGCUUAG